ACCGGCCCGGCCCGGAAGCCGCACGUGGGGGCGCGGGCGGCACGUGGCGCCCGGUGCUCCCGCCCCGCUCCCGCGCAUGGAGCGGCGGCGCGCGCCCGCCGCCCCCCCCCGGUACGGGCGGCGCCGGUUCUGGGACACGCUGUACCGGCGGGAGGGCGCCGAGACCCGCGAGUGGCUGGGGGGGCUCUCCCGGUUCCUCCCGCAGCUGGAGCCCGAACUGCGUCCCGGUGACCGCAUCCUCGUCCUCGGCUGCGGCAACAGCGCCCUGAGCCACGACCUGCACGAGCUGGGCUACACCGACGUCACCAGCAUCGACUUCUCGCCCGCCUGCAUCGCGGCCAUGCGCGCCCGCCACGCCCGCUGCCCCGGCCUGCGCUGGGCCGUCAUGGACAUCCGCGCCCUCGCCUUCCCCGACGCCUCCUUCGACGUGGUGCUGGAGAAGGGCACCCUCGACGUGCUCCUGGUGGAGGAAACCGACCCCUGGCACGUCUCGCCCCAGGCAGCCGCUGCGAUGCGCCGCGUGCUGGCAGAGGUGAGCCGGGUGCUGCGCCCAGGGGGCUGCUUCAUCUCCAUCACCUUCGCCCAGCCCCACUUCCGCAAGCCCCACUAUGCCCAGGAGGCCUUUGGCUGGUCCCUGCGCCACGCCGCCUGUGGGGACGGGGACGCCGGUGCCUUCCACUACUUCGUGUACGUCAUGCGCAAGGGGCAGCCCCUGGACCCCCGGGACGUGGCCUUGGGGCGCCGGCUGCACCAGCCGCCCCCAGCCCCCGCCCCGCCCGCCCCCCCGGACGACGACGAGGACUAUCUCCUUGCCAUCCAGCUGUGAGCCAGGGGGCUUUCCCAACCUCCCCCCAGCCAAUAAAGCCUUAAGAUGCUCCAUCCUCACAGGAGGGAGACAGGGAACCGCUGCAUCCCCCUGCAAGCUGCCCAGUGAUGUGGGUAAUGGGAGGAAAGAGGGGGAUA